GCGAUUACAGCUGAACAAGUACCAACUCCUAUACCGAGUAUUAUAUUUGAAACAACUUCUUAAAGCAACGGAAGAACCUAAAACAAAAGAAAUACAGCAUUUCUUAAAUAUACCAUUUCUAGAAAGAGCUAUUUUAACACAAGCAACUCAAAGAAAUCCCUUUUACAGAACUGGGUAUACCGAGAAAUGUUCCUCUCAAACACAGCCUUUUGAUGCACAGGAGUUUCUAAGUGUCAUGCCCACAACAAGCUAUAAGAUGACCACCCCUCACAGUCAAGCUCAACCUGGCCCUUCUAUCGACCCGUAUCCAGACGAAUACAAAAUAGCAGCCCUCGUCUUCUACAGCUGUAUCUUCAUAACUGGCUUAUUUGUUAACGUCACUGCCUUAUGGGUUUUCAGUUGUACCACCAAGAAGAGAACCACUGUAACCAUCUAUAUGAUGAAUGUGGCACUACUGGACUUGAUAUUUAUAAUGAGCUUACCCUUUCGAAUGUUUUAUUAUGCAAAAGGUGAAUGGCCGUUUGGAGAGUACUUCUGCCAGAUUCUUGGGGCUCUCACAGUGUUUUAUCCAAGUAUUGCUCUAUGGCUUCUUGCUUUCAUUAGUGCCGACAGAUACAUGGCCAUUGUACAGCCGAAAUACACCAAGGAACUUAAAAACACAUGCAAGGCCAUGCUAGCGUGUGUGGGAGUCUGGAUAAUGACCCUGACAACCACCAUCCCACUCCUACUGCUCUAUGAAGACCCAGAUAAAGCCUCCAACCCUGCCACCUGCCUCAAGAUUUCUGACAUCAUCCACUUAAAAGCUAUUAAUGCGCUGAACUUCACUCGACUGAUUUUCUUUUUCUUGAUUCCUCUGUUCAUCAUGAUUGGGUGCUACUUGGUCAUUAUUCAUAGUCUCCUUCACGGUAAGACAUCUAAGCUGAAGCCAAAAGUCAAGGAGAAGUCUAUACGGAUCAUUAUCACGCUCAUGGUGCAGGUGCUCGUCUGCUUCAUGCCUUUCCACAUCUGCUUUGCUUUCCUAAUGCUGGGAGGGGACGAGAACAGCUACAACCCCUGGGGAGCCUUCGCCACCUUCCUCAUGAACCUCAGCACCUGUCUGGAUGUGAUUCUCUACUACAUUGUUUCAAAACAAUUUCAGGCUCGAGUCAUUAGUGUCAUGCUAUACCGCAAUUAUCUUCGGAGUGUGCGCAGAAAGAGCUUCCGCUCGGGUAGUUUACGGUCCCUAAGCAACAUAAACAGUGAAAUGUUAUGAACGGUCAUUGUUUGUCUUCGAUCUCUUUAAAUUCACUUUACUAACUUAGGGUCAGUGGAUAUUCUGUAUGAUAUCAUCAAGUCCCUUCUCUCCUGAAAACAAAUAAUAAACUUUAAGAAC